AUGAGUGCGAUAGCAGCUCCACUGUAUGGACUAGGAGCUGAAGCCGUUUCCAGCUUAGCAGUUUUCUUACCUACCCUAGUAGCAGCUUUGGCUUAUUUUCAGUACGAACAGCUCGAUCCUGAAAGCAGACCCAUCGAUGUACCGACAGAGGAAUUGCUAGAUACGUAUGAUUUUAUAGUGGUUGGAGCGGGAUCUGCAGGUGCAGUGGUAGCCAAUAGACUGAGCGAGAUAGAUAGAUGGAAGGUUCUAUUAUUGGAGGCUGGUGGAGAUGAAACCGAAAUAUCAGACGUACCACUAAUGGCUGGAUACUUGCAGUUGUCUGCAUUGGACUGGAAGUACAAAAGUGAACCUCAAGGACAAGCUUGUUUAGCUAUGAAUAAUGGACGGUGUAACUGGCCUAGAGGAAAAGUAAUUGGUGGCUCUUCAGUACUAAACUACAUGUUGUAUCUCCGGGGAAAUAAAAAAGACUACGACAUCUGGGAAUCAAUGGGUAAUCCCGGUUGGAGCCAUUCUGAUGCUUUGUACUAUUUUAAAAAAUCCGAAGACAAUCAAAAUCCCUAUUUGGCUAAAACUCCCUAUCACUCCACUGGAGGGUUCCUUACAGUUUCAGAGCCCCCAUAUCGUACUCCUUUAGUGGCGGCUUUUGUUGAAGGUGGAAAGCAACUGGGUUAUGAAAAUAGAGAUAUCAAUGGAGAGUUUCAGACAGGAUUUAUGAUGGCACAAGGUACUGUAAGAAGAGGUUCAAGAUGUUCCACGGGAAAAGCCUUCUUGAGACCUGUAAGACUAAGACCUAACUUACACGUAGCUAUGGGAUGUCAUGUGACGCGUGUUCUUAUAGACCCAAAAACAAAAAUCAGUUACGGAGUGGAGUUUUAUAGGGACAAUAAACUGUACAGGAUACGAGUAAAGAAAGAGGUUAUACUGUCUGCCGGAGCAGUAAACUCUCCACAGUUAUUGAUGUUGUCUGGAGUAGGACCGAAAAGCGAAUUGGACAAAUUCAAAAUUCCUGUUAUACAGGAUCUAAAAGUGGGACACAAUUUGCAAGACCACAUUGGCCUUGGAGGAUUAACGUUUUUGAUUAAUAAACCGGAGUCUAUUACGUUGGAUCGCGUUUAUGCUGUAGGUCCGGUUAUGCAGUAUGCCAUCUUUGGCGGAGGUCCCUUAACUAUCAUGGGCGGAGUAGAAGGUCUGGCAUUCGUCAAUACCAAAUACGCCAACGCGUCAGAGGAUUUUCCAGACAUCGAAUUCCAUUUUUGUUCCGGAGGUAGCCAUUCUGAUAAAGGGGCUCAAAUAAAAAAGGCUCAUGGUUUGUCAGACGCUUUUUAUGAUCGAGUAUUUAAGCCUAUUCAUGACAAAGAUGCUUGGACUGUUAUACCAAUGUUGUUGCGGCCAAAAAGUAAAGGUUUUAUUAAGAUUCGCAGCCAAAACCCUUUCGACGCACCUUUAAUAUACCCGAACUAUUUCAUGGAAGACGAUGAUAUGAAGACUUUAAUAGAAGGGGUAAAGAUAGCUGUAGCUCUUAGUAAAACUCCUGCGUUUCAGUCAUACGAUAGUCGAUUAGUUGAGUUCCCAGACUGCGCUCAUAUUGUCAAAUAUUCUGAUAAAUAUUGGGAGUGUAUGAUAAGACUAUAUUCCGUUACGAUAUAUCAUCCUAUUGGAACUUGCAAAAUGGGUCCUUACUGGGAUCAAGAAGCAGUAGUGGAUCCCCAACUUAGAGUAUAUGGUGUUAAAGGUCUUAGAGUUAUCGACGCUUCUAUUAUGCCGACCAUGGUUAGCGGUAACACAAAUGCUCCAGUUAUUAUGAUCGGAGAGAAAGGAUCUGAUCUAAUUAAAGAAUUUUGGAUGAAGAUGGCGAAAUACGGAAGGAAUUUAUAUGGGGCUUAG